AUGGCCGGCGCCAAUAGAAGUUCCUCUUCCACGAGAGAUGACGCAGAGAGUUCGCAAGACAAUUCAGCCACAGUCCAAAGCAGUGAUGAUGAGGUUUCCCUCAUAAAUCUCCCAUCUAAUACGUUGCAAUUGACGACACACAAAUUAAAUAGGAAGAAUUACUUGUCUUGGGCUCAAACUGUGAAGCUUUUAAUCGAUGGAAAAGGGAAGUUAGGGUUCCUGACAGGCGAGGCAAAGAAACCAGGGGAGAAAGACCCAAAGUUGAAGACAUGGAGAUCCGAAAACUCCAUGGUUACCGCAUGGCUUAUCAAUUCCAUGGAUUACUCGAUUGGAAAGCCAUUCUUAUUCCUUCCAACCGCCAAAGCAGCAAGACAAGGGGAUAGAGAGGUCAUGGUUUAUUGCAACGAGAUGGUGAACCUUUGGCAGGAAUUGGACUUACGCUACGAGGAAGAAUGGGACUGCACCAAUGAUAGCGUGCACUGUAUGAAGAGGGAAUUAGAUGAGGUGAGAGGUCGGAUUCUAGGAAGGAAACCACUUCCAUCCAUCCAAGAGGUGUUCUCUGAAGUGAGAAGGGAAAAAAAGCGAAGGAGUGUGAUGAUGAAGAAAGAAGAAGCAAGAGGAGUAACAGAGGCCAAAACCUUUGCCUUGGUUUCUCGGGGGGCUGACUUGGACGGAGACAGGAGAAACACAAAGAAGAAUGAUAGGCCAUGA